AUGCUGUCCAGUGACAAAGCUUCGUCUGCUGGAAACCUCAACUUUGAAGACAACACAAUUAUAGAUCUUGUAAUGCCUCCAGGAAUGCAAAUAUCACCAAUCAUAUCUGACAUUAUAUUAAAAUACAAUCACAUAUUCAUUUUAGACACACAAGGGCAGUUAUAUUCCAGCUUCAAUCAAUAUGGCUGGAAUAUAGGCAAUUCAAAGAGAAUUAGCUAUACCUUUGUCUUCUCCUUAAAUGACCUGUAUAAGAGAAUAGAAAGUAUAAGAGUGUUUAACAACUUUGUUUUAGUUCUAGAUUCUAUCACCUUUGUGUGUGAUGUUUCUCCCCUGAGCAUUAAAAGCUUUUCAAAUCUGCUCUGGAGUCUGGUCUAUGAGUGCAGUGCCACUAUCAUAACAAUUAAUCACUAUAGAAUAGAUAAGAAUAAAAAUAGGUUUGAGUUGAUACCUAGAAUGGGUGGCUUUUGGAGGAGAAUAGUUAGUUACCAGGUUGAGUUUACAGAUCUGCAAAAUGCAAAAAGAUACAGACUGUUAGAAAAUAAACUAAAUGAAAUGUAA